CAAAUCCCAACAAUGACAAACUGCAGGACAAGUUGGACGAGCGGCGACUGAGAACUGGGGAGUGAGUCGAGUAGCAGCAAGGUGUGUCUGUUUCUCACUGCCGUCAUGACUGACUCAUUUGAAAAAGCAGUAGAGGAGGUGAAGGUACUGAAACAAAGACCAAACAAUGGAGAAAUUGGUCUACUGUAUGGUUUAUAUAAGCAAGCCACAGUUGGUGAUGUUAACAUAGACCGCCCAGGGAUGUUUGACUUCGCAGGACGAGCAAAAUGGGACGCAUGGCACGCAAAAAAAGGUCUAUCCAAAGAGGAAGCAAUGGACACCUAUGUUAUUUUGGUGGAGAAUCUGAAAGAAAAAUGGGGAUUCUAGAGUCUGUUUCUCUAGGUUAACAUUUUGGGAAAUGCACUUAUUUGCUUUCUUGCCAAAAGCGUCUUUAUAUGUCUGUCUGCUAAUUGUUUAGCUAGAGCCAGCAGGCGAUUAGCUUAGCUUAGCAGUUAGAGUGGAAGCAGGGGGAAAGUGUUAGCCUGCCAAAAGGAAAACCAAUCUGCCUGCUCUGACACAACCAGACUAGCUGUUGCUAAGCUAAUUACUGGCUGGCUCUAUUUUUUUUUUUAACAUUUAGCUUACAGACACGUGAGUGGUAUCUAUCUUCUUGUCUAACUCUCGGCAACAAAGCCAAUAAAUGUGUUUCUGAAAAUGUUUAAGUGGAAAUACAAUGUACAAUUUCAUAUAAAAAGUUUCAACACAUCUGUAUACAGGGCUGCUAUUAAAAAUAAAGACUUUACAGUUCA